AUGCUCGGAACGAUUUCAAAAGCAGUUUUCCACAAGGAGUCAUACGCAGUUGAUGAGCCUGGUUGGAAAGGCGGUCCAGAAGAGGAAUUAGAACCUUUGGAUCCGGACGCUAGCUUUUUAUCAGAAAAUCUGGAGAGUAAGUUUUUAAACACAGAAAUUUACUUAUCGUCAGCUUUUUGUUACGAACUUGACUUCAUGGCGACCAAAUGUAAGGAUAGUUUCGUUCUAUCUGAUUCUUAUCUUGUUUCUGGUGUAAAUUUCGUUUGAAAAAACCUUAUUAAGUUUUAGAAAUGUUUUAUUAGGCCAAAAAUUAAACUAUAAAGAUCAAAAAUAAGGAGAUGGGCUCGCAAUUGUGUCGAAAUUCGAAAAGCUCAGCUUCCGAUUGGUAAAAUCUCACGAACUUCUUGUUUCUUAUUUCGAUUUAAGUUUAUUUCAUUUCAGGAAAGGGAAGUAAAAAGUACGGCAAGUAUAACGUCUCGUUUUGCGAAGAAGUGACCCCGUAAGUUUUUCAUGGCAUCUUUUUAAAUUAGUGCUCCUGUUUUCAGAAUACCGAUUGAAAGAAGAAAAUCAAAGUGUCAUAAAUUUGCGUGUCUGUUCUGUGUGCUCUGUUCGUUACUUAUCGUUUUCACCGGUCUACUUUUCUCCGUCAUUUACUUUUCAUACAUCCCAUUUUACCCUUAUGCAGAACAUCAGCGUUUUUGUGAGCAUUUUUGGAUUUCAUUGAUUUUUUUUCGUGCUUUUUUAGAUUUCAAAUCCCUCGCACCUGAUUGUUCCAACAGAACGGCCGAUAAUCUCAAAGAAUUUGAGCUCUAUCACACUGGAGAGUUAGUUUCUGAGAAAAUUGAAUUUUCGAGCCGUUUUCUUCCAGAUUUGGACAUUCUUACCAGUCUCAGUGGGCUGUAUGCGAAGGAUUCAUGGCGUUCAACGAAAACAGACAUCGAAUCGAUGAAUACAAUAAAAAUAAUAAAAUACGCUUGUUGAAUUCGGACGCUGCCAAGUUUGGCAUCACGAUAUUCACCGAUUGGAAUCGGGAGAAACGAAGAACGGUUCGUUUGGGAAUUGCGGAAACAAAUUCCGUUGCGAGUUUUUGAGAAAUCUUUGAUAGAGAAAAUUUUUUUUCUCGAAAGUUUCCUUUUUUGUUGAGAUUUGUUUUUUAUACAGUUUGAUGUUAUUCUAGAUUAGUUUCUUCAUCAGUUUAACGGAUUUUACGAACUUUUUUGUUUAAAAUUUUCUUGUACGCAGAAGAUUACUGAGACCUUAUUCGUUCAGAAACUUUCAAAGGAUAUAAACUUUUGUUUCCAUUCUCAAAUUUCAUUUAUUUUUUCUGCUCUCUGUAGUAAAAUACCAAAAUAAUUUUUAAAAUAUUCUCAGUGAGUUCAGCAAGUGUCCCCGAGUGAAGAAACGGCCCUGCCGAAUUCGGCACCCAAAGCCGAAACCAUCAACGGUCGUUAUGGAGUCGCGGUUCCCGUUGAUUGGAUGGAUGGCUUGUACGGUGGACAAAGAUCCGAGGAUGCCACGAAUUUCCGUCAGUUCAUUUUAUCAGAGCUGUUCUCAAGUCGGGGCGACCCCGGCCGAGGCCGCCCCGACCCGACCGCAACGCGCCCCUGAGCGCCCCGGCCCGCGAAGCGGUUUUCAUUCAGGCCCCCGAAGCGAGCGCGAGGACUUUUUCCGUAUUUUUUGUUUUUAUUUUAGUUUUUUAUAUUGAAAAUGAACUUUUAAGUUAUUUAUGAUUCAUGAAAAAUUUUAAUUUUAUUGUUUUUUUGACAGAAAUCGUGCUUUUUGAUUUCACUUUUUUUCGCAUCUUUUUUUCGUUUUUUUCUCUUUGUAAAUAAAUAAAAUAAUAUUUCAAAUAGUGGUUUGAAUGAAUUUUUUUGCAAAAAAAUGAAAUUCCUUAUGAUGUGAAAAAUUUCAAAUUUUUUUAUUUAUUAAUUUGUUUUCUCUAGUUCUGUAAAUUGUUCUGGCCACUCAGGAAACUAUUGAAUUUUUUUGGAUUAAUAUCUCAUUUCAUCGGUUUUUCUCUUUAUGUGCUCGAUAAUAAAUGUUUUUUUGUUUCACUUUCAUUUCAGUAAAACUUGCGCUUUUCAUAAUUCGCAAAAAACCGGGAGUCAAAACAAAAUUUGUAUCUACGGGUCGACCGAGUUGACCCUUACCAAAGGCUGACCGCGGCCGCCCUCGAAUACGCCGCAAGUCGGGGGGCCCUCGGUCGCCCCGAGAACAGCUCUGCAUUUUAUAUUUGAAAAAAAGUCAUCUUAUUCUGAAUAAUUUCAGUGCGUGGCGAUAGACGUUGGGCGGCGGUAGCCAUGCUUCAAAAACUUCAGUUUGCCGCUCGCAAUCGCAGGUUUGGCUCAAACAUCGAGAAAAAUCAACGAGAAUCUUUUCAAGCUUUAACGUAGCCCUGGCCAACCCCGACAAGUAUAACAUGACGGAUAAUCCGCGAUUCGAAGAAGAACAAGAUCGCUUGACGCUUUACUCGCCGCUCUUGAUCACAGAUGGCAAUUCGUCUUUCGGGGAUCUCUCCCCUCCGAAGCUCUACAAAGGACAGCUGGACCAGCCAGCGAUAUUCUCUGUUAAAGAUUCUAGAAGCAGUUCAACGGAGACUGAUUUGCUCACCUAUGUCGCCAAUUAUGGACCCGCCCUGUCGUGUUAGUAGUUUCUAUCUCUUUCAAGAAUAUUUAAAUCUGUUGAAAAAUCGUGAAAAUUUUAGCGAUCUGCGUUCCCGAGUUUCUGUUCGACUACACGACCGGAAUCUUUUCAUACGAUCAGUGCAACUCGACUGAAACCCUUGGAUUCAUCCCCGUCAUCAUUGUUGGCUUUGGUGAGUUAUUCAUCUUUGUUUCCUAUAGUUUUCCGUGUUCUUUCGCAUUAAUUUUCCAUUCUUUUAAGCCUUGUUCAGAGUAAUUUCCACGAAAUUCAAAAAUAUUUCUGACUCUCCAAAAGUUAGUUAUCUUUUUCACUCUCUGUCAGCUUUUUUGAAAUUCGCGGUAUAUUGUUUUUUAAAAUAUAUUGUUUUCAGGCGUCGAGGACAACGUCAAGUUCUGGAAGGUUCUCGGCUGGUGGGGCACGAAUUGGGGCGAACAUGGCUUCUUCCGAAUUGAACGAGGCCGUGGCGCGUGCUGCUUGGGCGUGUCGGCUCCGAUUAUGGUCGACCGAGAGCCGAUUCCUCGCCGCAGCUGA